UAUUUUUUGCAUUUUUCAGGUUUUGAUAAAGUUGUUGUUAAGCAAGAACAUCCCGAUGAAGCGGAAAUCCGAGAAUUGGCUGCCAAAAUGGUGGAAGCAAAUAAGGCGAAAAUGGUCAGCGGGAUACCAGGAACACCGCAACAACAAAGGCCUCCACAAUGUCUCCUUCCACAAUCAAAUCUUCCUGGUAUUUUAGGAUAUUUGAAUAAACGACCGGCAGAUUCAUCAACUGCUGUGGCAACGAAACCUCCUUCUACUGAGGGCAAAGUACCGCCUGAUGAUGAGAGUCAACGAGGACGUUUUGGAUGGACAAGCUUUGACGAUUGUCAUAUACCAUAUAUAUUUCGCUCAGGCGAGAAGUAUUGUGCUGUACGAAUCUUAGAAUCUAAGUUGUUGAACAAGUACCUGAGUUACCUACACUCGGAUAUCUACAGUUGUACGUGUAUAAGAAGUUAUUAUAUUACGGAAGCGGAAAGCAAAUUAUUCACUGAUAUAAAUGUGAAACAUUGUGAAAAUCAAUUUGGAAGAGAACCAUUUACAUGUAAAGAUCUGGUGGUUCGACUUUCGGACGCGAAGGAGUUUUAUACAUUUUUGGACGUGUGUUAUACGAAAUUAACAGCAGGCACGAAUCCUAAUGUGUCAAGUGGGCAUAAAGCCGACAAAUGUGGGUUUAUUCGAAUAAACAAGGAAUCUGUAGUACCUUAUACGGUAAAAGACGGUCUUCAAUAUGUCCCUUUGUUUUACUUUGAAGGCGAGACUGAGAAUCUCAAAUUAAAAGCGGAGAAAUUGGAAGGUUGGGACUUGUCGUAUUUAAAAUUUUGUUGCAAAGUACAGGGUAUUCGUAAUGAAUUGUUCGCAAGUGAGACAUGCUCGGUGAUUAGUUUGAAUGACAUUAAAAGUUAUUUUCCUCCCGGUACGGGAUUUGAGGACUAUUGGCCGACUAAAGUGAUGGACUCUCAAUUAUUAGUGAAUAGCAAAGGUGGUGGUAGCGGUGGUGGUUGGACAAAACAACCUCCGACACCGCCGGCGACAAAAUCAGUUUCCGUACAAAAUAGUGCGAAUAAAGCGGCGGUUAAUGCACGAUCAACCCCUAUGCAUAAUAUGAUACCACGUGGAUCUGUCGCAAAUACAUCGCAAGUACAACAACGCGUCAGUCAACCCAGACCUGUUACAACGACCCAUCCUGCGCAUUCUUCACCAACAGCACUUCCUUCCGGAAGAUCGAAUAUUGUUACACAACCAAUGUUAAACACCGUGCAAAGUGUUAAUGGUUGGACGGGUCUCGUUGGUGGUCAACCUACCUUCCAAACAGCACUUGUUUCUCAACCUAGUUCUAUAAUACGAAUGCCCUCAUCUUUAAAUAUGCACAAUCAAAUAUCGACACCACCAAAAAAUUAUUCGCAACAAUCUAGUAGGAGCAGAGGGGGUGGUGGUAGUGCAGCAGCUCAAUACCCUGGAGUAUAUCCAGUUACAACUAUGCAGAAUGUUGCUCAGGCUCAGCCACCCCCUCUUGUCAGAGCAACAGUUCAUUCCAGUCAACCUAAUCUUGGGUAAGCAAUAAAAGGGUUCUUAAAAACUAUGUUUUUAAUAUAUAUCUAUAUAUGUUUUUUUUAAUUGAAGCUUUAAAAUAUUCAAGGCAAGAAUUUUUUUAUUUCUAAUGUUAAGCAUUUUUUCUUACACAGCAUUAUCAAUAUUUUAUGCUUGCUUUCAGUUUAGUGAUUAAAAACAGU